GCGGAUGUAGGGUUAAUUUAGCCCCGAGUUGGCGUUCACAGGUAGCGAUUUGGUCCAGGUUUUGCUCACAUAGGGGUUUGUUUUAAAUUUUUACGGAAGGUAAUUAACCUUAUCGAUGUGCCAGUAAGUAAAUAAUUUAGUCAGACUUAUCCCCGUCCCUUAUUUCGGUCUUUGGACGACGGCAACAUCGUUAUUGUCUUGAACAGCUGCCUGACAAGCGACUUUCCGGGUUAAACCAUCAAUGCGUAUGCGCAUGCGAGCUGUGGAGUUUGAAAACAGCAGCGCGAAAAAGCAGGACGUCAAUAACGCGAAUUUUUAGAUUUCAAAUAAUUAUAUUGUCUUUUAACUAUUUAUGAUUUGUUUUAUGCCUUUUAUAAUUAAGGCUUAAUUGUUUCUCAAAGAAAACUCGUGCUCGUUACUUAAGACGCUUUUGGGAGUCAGACGUUGUCAUGUUGUUUCAGCUACAUUAGGUUAACGUUUUGGUUUAUUUCGACGUUUUCACGAGCAAACAUGAAACCCACACGAGGUUCUGACCGGGCCCCAUCAAAAACACCCAACAGGAAAAACAAGGAAAAAGCAGAAACAUCGAGUCGGGACCAAGCCAAGAUCAUCCAUCCAAAACCAUCACAGACGAAAGCUGAAAGAGGAUCAUCUCCUAACCCUAAAAGAGCUAAAGUGCAGGACAACAGGGCGCUGAUGUCCAGGUCCUCCAUCACUGCUCUGGAGAACAUAAUGGACUUAUCAGUACUAGCAGCUCUUGCUGUGAAGCGGACAGAGAAGAAGGAAAGCCAGGAGCAUCUGAAAAAAAUGAAAACCAUGUUCCUGGCUCAGUGUGCACAACUCAAAGUUCCAGUGCAGAAACAAAAAUAUUUGGAGCACUCAUCCAGGCAUCACCAGGACGAGACUAAGAAGUCAGUGGUUGGAGAGAAGAAUCUGAGCAUCUUGAAGGAAGACUUGAGGGCUGUGGUUCGUGCACUGGAGAGGCUGGAGGAGGAAACAGAGUCUUUGCAGCACUCAUGCAGUCAGCUGAGGGACCAGUUGGAGGAGGAAGAGGAGAAAGCUAAAGAGAUUUUACGAAUAAGUGAACGAGCUGUUCUCAAACUUCCCUGUCUUCCUUCUCAGAAAGGUGAAACAUUGGAGGCUCUGCUGAGAAAGUUUAUACCAGACAGCGAUUCUGCAGCCACAGCUCGGAAACUGGGCCAAAUUCUGCAGAAAUCAAAGCCAACCAAGGAUGACCAGGUGCUGCUUGCGCAGGCACGUGAACACGCCGAUCGGCUCUUCCACCCCGGCUGCGUAUCGAAUAGUAGCACACUGAGUUUUGAAGAAACGUAGCAUUAAAGAAGAGGUUUAGAGA